AUGAAGCUACAUAUUUCUCUUCUUUUUAUUCAAUUGAUAUUUCUCAAUCAAUAUGAAUUUGUGCAUUCCAAAGCUUUAAUUGGAAGAAAUGUUAGAGACGCAAUGACAAACGAAUUUCCAUUUGUUGUAGCUAUUAAGCGCUUCAACAAUACAAAUCCAAAUUACCCGGGAGAUUUGUUAUGUACAGGAACGAUUAUAUCAUCGCAGUAUGUUUUAACUGCUGCUCAACGCGUACUAAGCGUAUCAGUACAUAAUCUGGAAGUCAUUUUUGGGUCCAAUGAUAUAAGGAGUACCCAGAGGUUGAAAGUUGCCAGGUUAAUAUCGUUUUUAAUGUGGGCAUAUACUAAACACAUAACUGUUCAGGAAUCAACGAAUGACAUUUGUCUUUUAAAGUUGGCUGGUCAAAUACCCAAUAAUAUUCAGCCUGUUAUUAUGUCACCUAUGCCUUACGCUAAUUUGUAUAGACAUAAAGUGAUAACUGCAGGGUGGGGUAUGACAAACGUCAAUUAUCCUCAAUUUUUGCAAACUAGUUCAGUAGUGCUUUUAGAACCAAAAAAGUGUAAAAAUCAAAUUGAGAAUUUAACACAAAUGCCAACUGAUAUGCAUUUACAUUUCUUGUGCACUAGUUCAACACCAUCGGUACUUCUACGUGAUGGUGACAGUGGAGGUCCAUUAUUAUUUGCCGGUGAACUUAUAGGAAUAAAUAAAGAGUCAUACCCAGUUUCAGAUGACAACUUUCUCCCAAAAACAGUCAAUCUUCAUUUGAAAAUCGAUUAUUAUAGGCACUUUAUUGUAGAUACUAUCAAUACUCUUUAA